AUGCACGGUUUGACAAUCGUAAAGUCACUCCUAGUGCGAGUGCUUCUAUUAGCACAUGGGCUACUUUGUACAUGGCGUGUUAUUGAUACAAAUGACAAUCAAUAUUGUUGGAUUAUUCUUGUUGGUCUUGGCUUUUUACUUGUAGAAACAGGUAUUGUUAUUUGGCUUCGAAAUGGGCAUGAAUUUAAAACCGUUGCUGUUUGCAUCAUAUUUUAUCUCUCUUGUAUAAUUCCAUCAUUGUGGUUAAUUCAUAUUGAAACAGCAAAUAGAAAACUAUUUCAUCUUGCCGAAGACAAACUUAAUGCACGAGCUACUCCACCGCCGAUUCAUUAUCGACAACAGCAUUCGAUUUCUAACAGUACACUAUUAUCAGAUGGUCCAUCAGCGCAAAUGUCACAUUUAUUAGCAGCUACUACUCCCGUUAUAAUAUCAAUCGGACAUGUUGAAUGUCAUGAUAAGGCAUGGUACUAUAUGGACGAACAACGUUGGCUUGAUGCACUACAAGAAACAAUGUUUAUUGUUUUAUGUGUAACUCGUUUAGUGAUAAGUCGUGAACAUAUGAGUGUACCAAAAAGUGGUAUUGUUCUAUUUGUAACUCUAGUAAAUAGCAUCGAUUUAUUAGCUAUGUCACAUUCAUUGCAAUAUCAUGAUAUUAUUAUUGAACGUAUUUGGAUGUAUGUUGGUCUUGCUCUUCUAUCAAUUGGUUUAUUUCAAAUGGCAUUUAUUGAUACAGACGGCUUAGCGCCAAUAACAGAUCGAUCAACAUUAGAUGAUAAAAGAAAAUUAUCAAAACGAAUACAUUUUCUUCAAGAUCAAACUAUAUGUCCACUUUUUCGAUCUUUAUUUAUUCAUGAUGGCCUUCUGUUGUUGUAUCGAACAUUACUAGUUGCAAGAAUUCGAUGUAGUAAACCAACAAUUAUAUUUUUUAUGGCGAAAAAUGUUUUAGUGAUGACUUUGCAUUGUUACCGUGUUUAUCGAAUAUCGAAAGAUCGCCAUAAAAAGAGAAAAUUUGCUGCCUAUGAAAAUCUAAUAAAUGCAACAACAAUGUCACGAAAAUAUCGCCAUCCAUUUUAUGGAUUUGAAAAGGAUCGUCCGCGAAAACAACAACAAAACCAGCAACGACUAUUGCAUCGCACAUUACGUCAACCAAUGUCGAUCAAUCAUCGACGAAUGGCAAAAACUCCCCGAACAGUGCGUACGUUUAGUCUCAAUUCAAUAUCAUAUCCAUUUGCAAGACGUCGAAAUGACGGUGGUCGAGCACGUACAGCCUUUGCUCUCUAUGGUCUUCCGUUUCAAGCACCAGAAGCUCCUCAGCCGGCAACAAUAUCUUCGGCUUCAAGUCUUAUUGCCAAAGCGUUUGUUCAUUAG